AUGUCUCACAAUGGCUCGGGGCAUACUUCGACAUCGAUGAUACACCGUGUUGGGCUCGCUGGGGCUGCAGCGCGUUUUGCGCAACACUCAUAUGGCCCCGACUACAUCGCAUUGGGGUUUCUGGUGAUGGGAUGGGUGCUAAUCCAGCUUUUUGUGAACCCAUUCCAUCGCAUGUUCUCGCUCGAUAACAAAUCCAUCCAAUACCCAUUCGCCGUCCACGAACGAGUCCCUGUUUUGUGGUCUGUCAUUAUCGCGGGGGUCAUUCCUUUCCUCGUCAUUCUGGCGUGGUCCGCGAUGGUUCGCGCUGGCGUCCAAAAAACGCAGGUGACCGUACUCGGCCUGUUCGUGGCUUUGAUGUUGACCUCACUGUUGACGGACAUUGUCAAGAAUUCGGUUGGGAGGCCUCGGCCAGACUUGUUGUCACGCUGUAAGCCAGCGCGUGGUACACCGAACAAUGCGCUGGUCGCAUGGACGGUCUGUACGGAGUCGAAUCAGCACAUCCUGCAAGAGGGAUGGCGGAGUUUCCCCAGUGGGCAUAGCAGCUUUUCAUUUGGCGGCCUUGGUUAUCUAUACCUCUUCUUUUGUGGCCAAAUGCAUGUGUUCCGACCCCGAACUGAUUUGGGCCGCUGUCUAUUGGCAUUCUUUCCACUCCUGUGUGCUCUGAUGGUUGCAAUCUCGCGUUUGGAUGAUUACCGACAUGACGUCUACGAUGUGACCUGUGGAGGGCUUUUAGGUAUGUUGAUAGCAUGGUUCUCGUACCGCCGCUAUUAUCCGCCUCUGCGAUCGGCUAUCUGCGAUGUUCCCUACGACAAGGCGGAUCUUGCUGGGCCAGACGGCUUUGCCAAACUGGAUGAUGAAGAGCAGGGUCUCGUGCGGCCCUUCCUCUCGCGUGGUGGCCCUUCAGGGGAGACCUACCAGCUUCAGGACACGGAAUCCUCUCGUUAA